CUAAGUUCAUAUGACCGCGCGGAGCCGCGCGGAGCCGCGCGGUAAGAGCAUUCACAUGACGGCAAAUGUAUGCGCGGCAGUCUGGCAUCAACAUUGCUUAAGAAUGGACGUGGAGGAGGCAAUUUGCUUAUGGAUUUUAUACCGAAGGCUGAGACGUCGCAGAAGAAGACAAAGACGAUACUGGGUGCAUCCCAUUUUAAGUGAAAGACUUUCUUCAAGCCUGUACAUUACUUUAUAUCCCGACCUGAGACUACAUGAAGAAAAAUUUUUUAACUACUUCAGGAUGUCUGUUGCAUCUUUUGAUUUUUUAUAUGAUUGUGUUGAGAACGAUUUAAAACCCAGUGAAGAUGCUAUUAGAUAUUGCAUAUCACCAAAAGAAAAACUCAUAGUAACAUUACGGUACUUAGCCAGUGGUUGUUCAUUAGCAGAGCUGCAGUAUGGUUAUAAAAUUGGCAAAUCUACGUUAUCAGCUAUAAUUCAGCAAGUGUGCCAAGUUUUAUGGAGAAACUUAAGAGCUAUGGUCAUGAGCCCACCAACUACAGAUAUGUGGAUAGAAAUAUCUAAACAAUUUGCCAAUAAAGCCCAUUUUCCAAAUUGUAUUGGCGCUUUGGAUGGCAAACAUGUUCGUUUAAUUCAGCCACCACACUCAGGAUCAAUGUAUUACAAUUACAAACACUUUUUCUCGUUAGUUUUAAUGGCUUUGUGCGAUUCUAACUAUUGCUUUAUAUGGGUAGACAUUGGAGCUUACGGAAAAGACAGUGACUCGGGUGUUUUUAAGGAAACGUCAUUUUACAAAAAACUAUCAGAAAAUUUGUUAAACAUUCCUGAGCCCAGAUCUAUCACCGAUAAUGAGAACAAUGCAUUUAAAUUACCAUACGUAAUUGUAGCUGACGAAGCCUUCGGUAUGACUAAAAAUCUGAUGAGACCAUAUGGAGGUAAAAUGUUGUCAAAAGAAAAAAAAAUAUUUAACUACCGUCUUUCUUUAGCACGAAGGUAUGUUGAAUGCACAUUUGGAAUAAUGUGUAACAAAUGGCGAAUUUUGCACCGGCCAAUAGACGUCAAGAUAGAUUUUGCCAAUGAUAUCGUCAAAGCCAUUUGUGUUUUACAUAACUUUGUUAGGACAAGAGAUGGUAUAAAAUCCGAGGACAUGAAUUGUCCAGCGCCAUUACCUGACAUAAAUCCCACUAACACUGGACGUCCAAUUCAUGAAGCAGAUAAUGUUCGAACUAAAUUAACGAAUUACUUUGUAAGUGAAGGUAAAUUAGAUUGGCAAGAAAAAUAUAUAUAACUCUUAUAUAAUAUUAUACAUACCGCACCUUUAAAGUAAAACCGUUACUAAACGAAAAUUUUCAUGAAUUGAGUUAUCAAUGCCAUCUAUGUAAAAUAUACGUAAACUACAACAUAAACUUGUCAUUUUUGUAAAAUAUUGUAUUUUACGCCAUCUAGCGGUAAAUUAAAGCGUUACCUACUAAACCGAGUUAUGAUCGGCUCGCGAAAUACAAUAUUGUGUCUAUAUCAAUAAGAAGGAACAUGUUCGUAGAAGAGUCAUAACGGAAGUUUAAAGUAACAGUGUUAUUACCUAUUUGGAUAAACACGGCUGUAUGUCACAGAAAAGGAAAAGUGUUUCAAUUUAUGGUAAAGUGUUACUGGUGUUACUAUAAUAAUAUAAAUCAAAAUAAAUAAUACUGUAAAUGAAAAAAAAUUACUUUCGUAAAUCACGUGUCAUAAUGUAAACAGAGAUCUAUUGUUGUGGAGUGGACUGUAUGAGAUUUCAUAACGGUUUUACUUUAAAGGUGCGUACGAUUGUAACUUACCCAAGUUUUUCUUUUUUUCUUCAGAAUCAUUAUUAUUGCAGAAAAUUAAAACUAAUUCUUCCCAAGA